UUUACAGUUACGGCCCGCCCACCGAGCGCUCUGAUUGGCUGACGUGGACAUGUUUUUCCCAAACCAUAAUAUAUAUAACCCUUGCCGGACUCUUGGGAUUCACAUCUAGUUGAUCCGCUGCUUUCAGAACCCUCCAAACCAAAACAUUUAAGGACUCCUGAAAUAGGCGAGAAAAUGCGUCGGUACGUGCUGCUCGCCCUGUUCGGCCUCAGCGUCUCGCUGGUUGUCGGGUAUCCCUCCCCGGAGGAGGACUCCGGGAAACACUGGGUGCUUAUCGUGGCCGGUUCCAACGGCUGGUACAACUACAGGCACCAGGCCGACGCCUGCCAUGCCUACCAGAUCGUCCACAGGAAUGGCAUCCCGGAUGAGCAGAUUGUGGUCAUGAUGUACGAUGACUUGGCACAAAAUGAGGAAAACCCCACCCCUGGAGUACUGAUCAACAAGCCGAACGGCACUGAUGUGUACAAGGGAGUGCCUAAAGACUACACUGGGGAUGAUGUGACCCCUCAAAACUUCUUGGCCAUUCUGAAAGGAGAUGCUUCAAAAGUCAAAGGUGGUUCUGGAAAGGUGUUGAAGAGUGGUCCCAACGAUCAUGUGUUUGUGUACUUCACUGACCACGGAGCACCUGGAAUUGUGGCUUUUCCUAAUGAUGAUCUUCAUGUCAAAGAUCUCCAAGAUGCCAUUCAAUACAUGCAUCAGAACAAGAAGUACAAAAAGAUGGUGUUCUACAUUGAAGCAUGUGAGUCCGGGUCAAUGAUGAACCACCUGCCUGCUGACAUUGAUGUGUACGCCACCACUGCAGCCAACUCCCAUGAGUCCUCAUACGCCUGCUACUAUGAUGAGAGCAGGAGCACCUACCUGGGCGACUUGUACAGUGUUAACUGGAUGGAGGACUCUGAUGCGGAGGACCUGACAAAGGAAACUUUACUGAAGCAGUUCAAGGUGGUGAAGACUGAAACCAACACCAGCCACGUCCAGCAGUUCGGCAACAAGACUUUGGCCCACAUGAAGGUUAUACAGUUUCAGGGUAAUCCAAAAACAUACAGGCCACCUGCUCCUCAGAUGACCACCCCACCAAUCACCAGUAAGGAUCUCACCCCGAGCCCUGAUGUUCCUCUGGCCAUCCUGAAGAGGAAGCUCAUGUACUCCAAUGAUAUCAGAACUGCCAGGACCCUGCUGUCAGAGAUAAGCUCCCACCUAAAGGUCAGAGAGACUUUGGCUGAAACUAUGCGUCACAUAGUUGAGAAGGUGACCGGCAGUAUGCUCAAGACUGAGGAGGUUCUAAAUGAAAGAGCUGAACUCUUCCAGCAUCAGUGCUACAAGGCCGCGGUCAAUCACUACAAACACAGCUGCUUCAACUGGCACAAACCUGAGUUUGAAUAUGCACUGAGGCACCUGUAUGCUCUGAUGAACUUGUGUGAAAGGGGAUACCCUGCAGAGAGCAUCCUCAUGGCCAUGGACUCUGUGUGUCCCUUCAGUGUGUAAAACACUUCUAAAUCGUUUCGUCCACAACGGAGGAGCUGAGAAAUAAAGUUUCAUUUUGCACUGCUGAGAAUUCAACCUGACAAGGAUAUGACGUUAUUGUUUCAUGAACACAUUAUAACACGUUUUUACUAUGUGGUUUGAUUUUAAUGAGGAUUUUUACGCAUUAUGAUGAGAUGCGCCAUCACUGUGAAGAGUUUGUUGAUGUUUUACUGCUUCUGCUUUUUCUUUUCUUUUUUUAAGAAUAUAGGACAAUUAUGACACAAUUACGCUGUGCUUUGACUGUAAAAUUGAGUGCCUGCCUAAUAGUGCUUGAUUGAGAUGUAAAGGAUGUACCCUGAAUGAGGAAAGCUUGUUGAGUAUUGACUUUGUCGUACUUUAGAGAUCUUUCAAUAAAAUUGAAUAAACCAAAA